AUCAGAGCACUGAUGAUCAGUGUGCCCUGAUGAUCAGUGUAGCCCCAGCAGUGCCACCUGUCAGUGUCCAUCAGUGCCUUGUGUCAGUGCCCAUCAGUGCCACAUCAAUGCCACAUAUCAGUGCCUACCAGUGCCCAUCAAUGCCACAUAUCAGUGCCUACCAGUGCACAUCAAUGCCACAUAUCAGUGCCCAUCUGAGCUGCCUUUCAGUGUCACCCAUCAGUGCCAUCAGUGCCGCCUAUCAGUGCCAGUCAGUGCCGCCUAUCAGUGCCAGUCAGUGCCGCCUAUCAGUGCCAGUCAGUGCCGCCAAACAGUACCAUAUAUCAGUGCUGCCUUUCAGUGCCCAUCAGUGA